AUGAAGUCACCAAGGACGAUUAAGGAAGUACAAAGACUGACCGGCUGUUUAGCAGCACUUGAUAGAUUUUUGUCAAGGUCAGGGGAUAAGUGUCGUUAUUUCUUUCAAACCAUCAAGAAGAAAGCCAUGUUCGAAUGGACAGAGGAGGCCGAGGAAGCACUCGUACAGCUAAAAAGCCAUCUGCAUACGUUUCCUCAGCUCGUCAGUCCACUCAAGAAUGAGAAGCUAAUUAUCUAUCUCGCCAUCUCUGAACACUCUCUAAGUGUCGUCCUACUUGCUGAAAGGGAUAGCCACCAGGUCCCAGUCUUUUUUAAUCAGCCAUUUACUUCACAACACCGAGCUGAGGUACCCCUUAUUGAAAAAUUUGGCUUAGCAUUUUACAUGGCAUCAAAAAAGUUGCGGUCGUACUUCUUGGCAUAUUCAAUUGUAGUCUACACAGACCAACCUCUAAAGAAGCCAUUUACAACCUUAGAGGCCAAUGGUCGUAUGCUCAAGUGGGCCUUGAUAAUGAGUGGCUUUGACAUUACGUUUGAGCCAAGAAAAGCAAUCAAGGGACAAUCCUUUACUGAUUUCUUAGCUGAGAUGACUCGGCCUAAUCUUCAGCCGGCCAGAGAUCAGACCUGGAAGGUAUUUUUUGAUGGCAGUGCAACAGCAACCGGAUGUGGUGCUGGAGUCAUUUUUCAAUCGCCCGAGGGGAAUAAGUUUGAAUAUGCUUUGAGAUUUCAGUACCAAGCUUCUAAUAACGAGGUUGAGUAUGAAGCUCUCCUGGCUGGCCUUAUAAUGUGUAAGGUGGCAGAGGCGAAAAAAGUGGAUGUAAGCUCGGAGUCCCUGCUUGUAGUCGGCCAGGUAAAUGGAGAUUUUGAGGCAAGGGAGCCGGCUAUGAUGAAAUAUUUGAAGAUUGUCAAAGAGGAGGCCAAGGGCCUAGAUCAUUUUACUCUACAGCAAGCUCCUCGUUCGUCCAACCAUCAGGCGGACUCCCUCUCUAAGUUAGCAUCCUCAGCAUCAUGUGAUACUCCCAGAUUAGUACUUUGGGAGGUAAAAGAAAGAAGGAGUAUUGAUGCCGAGCCAAUACAAAUCAUUGAUAAAAGCUCCACUUGGAUGGACGAGAUCAUUUCGUAUUUAAGGGAUGGAUUACUUUCGGCCGAUCCUAAAGAGAGAUGGCUGAUGAAGAAGAGAGCGGCCUGGUUUGAAAUGAAGCAGGGGGAGUUGCUUAAAAAGGCAUUUGUGAAGCUGUACAUGAACUUUGUUACCCCCGAGAAGGGGCAUGAUGUCCUUAACGACCUCCACCAGGGGCAGUGUGGCUCUCAUAUUGGAGGGCGAGCCUUGGCUGAAAAGGUUGCCCAUCUGGGAUACUACUGGCCGAUCUUAAAGUCGGACGCCAUGAAAAUGGUGAAAAAAUGUGACAAGUGCCAGAUAUUUGCAACCUUGAUCCAUCGCCCUGCUUCAGGCAUAGCUCAUUGCUUUGCUUCGGUUGGCCGGCCACAAGACAAUGGCCAGGUAGAAGCACACAAUAAGUUGAUCUCCAAUGGUAUCAAGCGUAAGCUUGAAAAGGUAGGCGGCCUAUGGGCUGAUGAGUUGGUCAAUGUAUUGUGGUCCAUACGAACAACGGUCAAGAGCUCCAUAGGGAAAACUCCAUUCUUUUUGGUAUACAGCGUUGAGGUUGUUCUCCCAAUUGAGAUGUAUGAGCCCACUCUUAGAGUGAUGUUAUAUGAUGAAGCGGCCAAUUGGGAGGCCAUGAGGACUGCCCUAGACUUCCUUCCAGAAGCUAGGAGCAAUGCGACGCUUAGGCACAAAAUUUAUCGCCUAAGGAUGACAAGGGCAUACAAUCGCCGAGUGUUAAAGCGUCCGCUAAAAAUGGGAGAUCUGGUCCUAAGGAAAAUGGAGGUUGUGGGUCGGGCAAAUGAAGAUGGAAAGCUGACCCCAAACUGGGAAGGGUCGUAUCGAAUCAGUGAAGAAGUCCGAGAUGGUACUUACCGUCUCAAGGCCAUGAACGGCCGUCUGAUUCCGCGUACAUGGAACUCUGACAACCUGAAGAAAUAUUAUGUUUAA